GGAAACUAGCCCAAAGUCGUUGAUUGUAUAGUUUCUGAUCUAAAAAUUAUGUGCAAAUUGAUAUUGUAGAAUGCGUUAUUGAUGAUGCUGUGAAGUUUUGUUGCUUAAAUUUCAUAGUUAAUAAGCCAAAUUAGUGUUAAUUGGAUAAAAUAACAAUUAAGUAAUCUUCUGGAUAGGAAUCUGUAAGAUCGAAAUAAAAAUAUAAUAAGACAAUGGCAGAUUUAAUUGAAUUAAAGAUGAAUAUGGCUGCACUAAAACGCGUUGAUCCAUAUAUAAAAGAUAUCCUGGAAACUGCAACGCAUGUUGCACUUUAUACUUUCAAUGCAGAAAACAAUGAGUGGGAGAAAACUGAUAUUGAGGGUGCAUUAUUUGUUUAUUCAAGAAAUGGAGAGCCUUAUAACAAUAUACUGAUUAUGAAUCGGCUAAAUACAAAUAAUCUUAUGGAGCCAGUAACACAAAAAUUGGACUUAGAACUACAAGAACCUUUUCUACUUUACAGAAAUUCUAAAUGCAAUAUCUACGGUAUUUGGUUUUAUGAUAAAGACGAAUGCAUUCGCAUUUCUACAAUGUUAAAACAAUUAGUAAAAGAUUCAGAAGAAAUUCGAAGAUCAAAUACAAACUUAAAAAAUAAGAAACAAAUAAAUAAUAAAUCUAAUUUUUCUAACAAUGUUGAUAUAUUCAGUAUGCUUAGUAAAGCUCAGGAAAAUUUUAAUACUAGUAGAGAAGCUAAUGGUAAACACGAUGCUUCCAAAUCACCUGGAACAAGUGAAAAUGUAGGAUCAUUUUCCACUCCAAAUACUACUGAAAGCAAUAGAGGACUUUUUGAUUGUACAUCUCAGAGUGUAGCUGAUUUUUUUGCUAAGGCUAAGGUAAACACUGUUCAUUAUAAACCAGAUCAUCAGAAAUCACCUGGAAAUGUUCAUGCUGUAAGUGAAAAUAAACCUAUUUUACUUGCUCAUCUUAUGUCACAUCCUGCGGCACAUACUUUAGAACAUAUCGAAAAACAACAAAGAUCAAUUACUCCUCAGCCAGCUGGAAUUCCGUCUGUUGUACCUCCGACAUCAGUACCAAUAAAUGUAAAUCUUACAAAAAAUGGUACUCCAUCAAGUAAAAUAAAAAAACAAAUUAAAAAUACUCAAGACUCAGGUAUUUCAUCAGAAAUGUUACAAGAACUUGAAAGACAGGCCACCAAGUCAACCGUUAACAAUAAUGACUCAAAAAUUAGCUUCCUCCGAAUACAAUCCCCAAUGGCAGCAUCAUUGUCUACUUUAACGAAUCAUCCACAAAAUCCAAGCAUGUUUAGUACCACCAGUGGACAAUCAGCGACAUAUUCUUCAAUACCAACACCUAACAAAAUGAAUAAAUCUUCAGAGUUAACUGGAACACAAACUUCAUUGGCAGAUACAAUUUCAACCUUGCCAAUGAGAUUUUCAUCACUUGACAUGGACUGUAAAUCAAUGGAAUCUGAAGAAAUAUUAGGGACGCGAGGAUUAACAGGAGGGAUAUUAUCGUCAAUAGCACCAGCGCUUAUUCCUCCGGUAAUGUUUUCUGCCUCUAGCCCAUCAGAACCAUCAAAUCGACCAUUGGUAGAACCUUUAACAAAAAAUCAAUUACUUCAAGCGAUUAACUAUUUGAUUAAAAAUGACCCAGAUUUUAUGAUUAAAUUACACGAAGCUUACGUAAAAUCAUUUAAUGAAAUUUUGUCGUAAAUCUGCAAAUUUAUUAAAAUUAAAAAGGUUACACAAUAUGGCAUUGACAAUGAUACGGAUAAUAAAAAGAAAAAAAGAUUAUUGAGUACGUUUUUUUGUACAAGUUGGUGAAUAGAAAUUAUUUAUCAUAUUUUAUAAAUUUAUUAUCCAAUCUAUUAUACAUAAAAACUAGAAGUUAAUGUCGAUUAUUUUAAUCUGUGAUGCAGACAUAUUUUUUUUCUUUAGUGAUUUUCAAACUUGAUUCCAUUCAAAAUAUUUAAAAAGCUAGAGAUCACACACAAACAGUAUCCAAAAAUGUCUAUUUUUUAUAAAUAAUAAAAUACUGACAAGUUCAAACUUUAACAAAUUAUUUGACUCUUUUUUUUAUUUCAAGCAACAAUAGGAGCUGUAAGAAUAUUUUAGUGUUAUUUUACUGUUGAUUGUGAUUAUAUUAUCGGUAUAAAAUUAAUAACUUACUCAUGUGUGUUAUAUUCGGCUGUGGAGCAGCCAAUUGCACUUUAAUUCGUGGUGUUGAUAAUGUAACGUCAGUUGCCGGCACAACAUGAACUGAAAUUUCAUUCAUCUCGCCGGUGACUCGAUUACUUCUACUGAUUGUUGGGAUUUCAAUAUUUCUACCAAUCGUGAUACUAGUGUGAAAGCUAUGACGACAAUUACUAACUACGUAGCUACUUAUCUGUUAUAAAAAUCAAUUAUUAUAAUGAAGAAAUAAUCAAAAUAUUUAUAUAAAAAA